AUGUCAAUGCGAGUGACGCGGUCGCAGGCCGGCAAGACGCCCCAAAAGCCUGACCGUCCUGGCUUUGUCGAGACCCCCGGGCGCAGAAAGUCGCAACGCAAAUCGCUUGCGUCCGAUGUCGACGACGGAUACGAAUCAACGCCCGAGCCAGAGAACUUCUUGAAGCCUCUCCGAUCUGGCGACAGCGAUGUGAAGCACGAAGUCGAGGAAAAGAGCAAUGGCCAUGCCAACGGAAACGGACACGCCAACGGCUACACGAAUGGACACACCAACGGGAACGCAAACGGGCGCCCAAAGAGCGAAAAGGAGAUCGUCGAGCUGGACUACAAGAUGGAGGCGGAAAAGUUCUUCUCGCCAAAAGACAAGUCCGGCCUGCACGAGUUCGGAGGCGCCAUUGGUAUGAGCAGCAUGAUGAUCUGCUUCCCAGCGCUCAUGUACUACAUGUGGAUUGGAGCGACCUUCUACGACGGCAAAUUCCCUACACCGACCGCGGGCCAGAGCUACGGCGACUUCUUUGGACACAUGUGGUAUCUGGUCAAGACCGAGGCGUUCCCGAACAACAAAGCGUGGCAGAUCUACUGGUUCUUCGGACUCAUGCAGAUGGCCUUCUACAUGCUCAUGCCGGGUGUCUACCGCAAGGGCAAGGCUCUGCCUCAUCUGGGUGGAAAGCAGUUGGACUACUACUGCUCGGCCAUGUGGUCUUUCUACUCCAGCAUUGUCAUCAUGUUGACGCUCCACUUCACUGGUGUCUUCAAGCUGUACACUCUCAUCGACGAGUUCGGCCACAUCAUGAGCGUAGCCAUCCUUUCAGGCUUCCUCUGCUCGACAAUCGCAUACGUCUCAGCUCGUGUCCGCGGCGCUGACCUUCGGAUGACUGACAACCCCAUUGUCGACUUCUUCCUUGGUGCGGAGCUCAACCCCAGACUGUUCGGCAUUCUGGACUUCAAGAUGUUCCUCGAGGUCCGCAUUCCGUGGUUCAUCCUCUUCUUCCUUUCGCUCGGUACCUGCCUGAAGCAGUACGAACAGUAUGGCUACGUGUCCAUCGAAGCCAUCUUUCUGCUCUUCGCCCACUACCUGUACGCCGGCGCCUGCGCAAAGGGAGAGCACCUCAUCAUCACAACCUGGGACAUGUACUACGAGAAGCUCGGCUUCAUGCUCAUCUUCUGGAACAUGGCUGGUGUACCUCUGUCGUACUGCCACUGCACCCUGUUCAUCGCCAACCACCACCCUUCUGAAUACCAACUCCCAACCUGGUUCACCGCCCUCCUCACCCUCGCCUACCUUGGCGUCUACUACAUCUGGGACACGACCAACUCGCAAAAGAACCAGUUCCGUCAAGAGGAGCGUGGUGUUGUUGAUGAGCGCACUACCUUCCCCUACUUCAAGUACGGACGCAUCGCCAACCCCAAGACCAUCCAGACAUCGCACGGCAACAAGAUUCUGGCUGACGGCUGGUAUGGCAAGGCGCGUAAGAUUCACUACACGUGCGAUCUGUUCUUCGCAAUCAGCUGGGGUCUUAUUACCGGCUUCAGCAGCCCGUUCCCAUGGUUCUACUCGGUGUUCUUUGCGGGUAUGAUCAUCCACAGGGCGCUGAGAGACAUUGAGAAGUGCCGGGAGAAGUACGGCGAGGCAUGGAAGGAGUAUGAGAGGCAGGUGCCUUAUUUGUUCAUUCCGUACGUGUUUUAA